AUGUGGAAACCACGCUACUUCGACAUCGGCGUCAAUUUCUCCGAUCUGAUGUUUCAAGGCCGCUACCACGGCUCUGAAGUACCGAAGCAUCCUUCGGACUUGGCCGAUGUCAUUGCUAGGGCCAAACUUUUCGGCGUCGACAAGAUGCUCAUCACAGCUUCCAACAUCGAAGAGUCUUUAGACCAUUUCCUGCUAGUGAGCGAGCACAAGGGCUCUUUUGCGUCGACAGUGGGUGUACAUCCAUGCUCUGUGGCGCUGGAAUUCUACGGCGGUCUUGAGAAUAAGGAGCCUCUACCUGAAGCAGAUGAAAAGCUCGCCAAACUCAAGGAAAUCGCUCUAGACGGCCAUGCCAAGGGCUACAUUGGCGCAUUCGGUGAAAUUGGCCUUGACUACGACCGCUUGCAUUAUCUGUCGGUGGAGCAACAGAGAGAAAUGUUCGAGAGACAGUUGGAUGUACAUGCUUCGUUGGCAGACUUGAAAUUGCCGUUGUUUUUACAUAUGCGGGCGGCUUGCGACGAUUUCGUUGAAAUCAUCAAACCAUACCUCGAAAAGGGUUCAAUUGCUCCAGGAAGCGGCGUAGUGCAUUCGUUCACGGGGUCCAAGGAAGAACUUGAACAGAUCCUCAAGUUGGGAUUUUAUGUUGGCGUGAACGGAUGCUCACUCAAAACACAAGAAAACCUCGAUGUUGCCAAACUCAUUCCGAUCGAUCGUCUUCUAAUAGAGACAGAUGCUCCCUGGUGCGAGAUCCGUAAAAGUCAUGCUAGUUAUCCCAUGAUAUCUCCAUACCCAAGCAUCUACUACCCAGAAGUGAACUCUGCGGACUCUCAACCCAAUGAAGAAGUUACCGCUCCGAAGAAAAAGCAACAAAACCAGAAAAACGCAAUAAAAUUAGACGAUAUUGUCCCAUUUCCAUCCAUCAAGAAGGAGAAUUGGACCAAACAUAGAACUGCUGCUCAACAGAAAUUGGAAAGUCUCGACUCUGCCCGUACCGAUAUCGGUGAGUUUGCAACCCCAGUCAUUAAAUCUAGAAACGAGCCCGUGUUUGUUGGAAGUGUCGCUUCAGUGAUGGCUCACCUCCAUGGCAUUGAGAAAGACGCUGAGAUUCAAAACUUCAUCGACACAAUCUACAACAACUCGUGCCAAUUAUUUAAAUUAUAA